AACUGCCUCCGGAGAUGUCAGACAAUUGAGAGAAUGAAGAAAAAACAUCCGAAACACAUCUUGCAGUUGUUUUUGUUUUGUUUUCAUAAGCUACCAAAUAAGGAUAACGUUUUUCAAGUAUCAAAACCUUCAAAACUAUAUCUAUUAUUUUUAAAAUUUCUCUCAUUUCAAAUUGUAUUUUAAAAAUUUGAUUAUUGCUUUAAUUAAAUCUUUUGUAAAAUUUUAAUUUUCAAAUUUUCAGCAACAUGUCAGACGAUGAGGACGAGGGUCGUCUACAGAUCGAUGAAAGUCCGUCCGAUUCGGAAGACAAACCAUCGAUUUCAGCGCCCCCACCUCUUCCUCCACCGUUGCAGGAAACCCCCGAAUUUCAAACAACUUAUGACGCUCACGAUCAAGCGGAAACUUCUGGAAAAGAAGACGGCGAGUUAGAUGAGGAUGAUGAGAAUGAUGAUAUUGAACCAAUGGAAAUUGAUGAAGAAAUACAACUAGAAAUUGAUGAAAAACCAGAAGAUCUUGUCAAAGACGAACAAAUAUCCGAGCCUACUGAUAAAAUGCGAGAAGAAUUUUUAAAAGUGGAAAAAACAGAUGAAAAUGCUGUCGUUGAGUCAACAUCAUCAUUCUCUCCGAAGUUAAUCGAUGAACAAGAUUUAAAAGUUGAAGAGAUGUCAGAUGAGAAACAUGCUCAAUCGCCUGUUUCAUCCGAUAUGACAACAUCAAAAAGUCCAACACCUUCCAAAAAGGAAAAUGGACUGAUGAAACCACCACAGAGCACAGAAAAAGCUCAAAGAAAGCGUAAAGAGUCCACAGAUAUUUUUUCGAGUGAAAAACGCAAGUUAAGCCUUGAAACAGUUGCCUCUUCAUCAUCAUCAUCUGGAUCUUCAAACCUUUCAACAACUCCACAAAGAUCCAAAAGAUCUAGUUCUCAUAUGGCUACCAUUGCUAUAUCAGCAUGUUUCACUGACGAAGACAUAGUUUCAGUACCAAUGAUGCCUAUUCAGAAGACACCUGAUACUGCACCACAUUCGAAACGGGCAAAACGAGAUAUCGGAACAAAUGUGAUCACAACACGAUCAACAGAUACAUCUGGUCUUUUAUGCAAUGAAGCAAUAAUGGAUACCCCACCAGGAUCCCAGAUGACUCUUGAGGUUACUGUUAUGUACCGAACAAAGAAUUCAUUAGCAUUCCGUGUAAAAGGAUGUGAUCUUAUUGGAUUUAUUGGUGAUGGUCUACCUCCAAUGGCAUCUUCAUUGACAAACAAUAUUGCAUCAUCAAUGGGUAACAAUAACAAUAAAAAGAAAACUGCAAGUAGUUCUGGAAAUGAAGAAGGAAAAGAUGGACGAUCAAGCUCGGCAAGCUCAAAUGGUCGUGGAGCUCGUGGUGGUUCUGUGCUGAAAGACGGGAAAGAGGAUGAAAAUCAAAAUAAUGAACAAUACGGAUCUAAGAAAUGCGAGCUCGUAGAAGUUGAUGUAGCUCAACUUCACGAUUGCCACUACGACGGGUGUGAGAAACGGUUUCAAAAAACAACAGAUCUUGAAUAUCAUAUAUCAAAAAACCAUAAACGACGAGUUAUGAUGUACGAGUCAAUAUGCACACAAACAUCUAUCUCAUCAUUGGAAACUCAAAAUAAUAGCACACAAAUUGACGAUGAUUUACCACCGAUGCCACAGAUGCCAAUUCUCAAAAAAGAAGUACCAAUUAAGACCCCAAUUGGAAAUGUUUAUGAAGAUCUCUCAGAUGACGAUUCGGAGACAAAACCCACUGAUCUUGUCUUGAAAACUCCGUCAUCGUCGGCUUCAUCAGCUGUCGCAACACUUAUGGGAAUCGCUCAGGUUUCAUCUUCAACAACUUCGGCUACCACGUCAGUUGUACCACCAGUUGGCGCUCAACGAUCUACGCCAGCCACCCCAGUUUCUGCGAAAAUUGGCAUCAAUCCGUCGAUGGUGGCGAAUGCGCUAGCCGAGAAGAAUAAGCAGCAACAGCAACAACAACAGAAACUAAACCAACUCCAGCCACCCCAUAAUCCAUCAUUAUCAACUGCUCCAUCAUCAUCUUCAGCCCAACCACCAACAAUGAUUCAAGCUCAUCCAAUGGCAGGCGUCUUUAUUCCUCCUCCAUUUCAUCCAGCAAUGAUGAAUCCACAAAUGGCUGCAAUGAUGGAUCAGCAACGAAUUGCUGUUGCGAUGUCACAACAACAACAAAUGUCACGGACACCGUCUCGACAAACCAUAUCCGUAUCAGAUUCCCACAAGAUCCAUGAACUGGCGAAAUCUCGCGAGAACCAGCAACGACAACAGUCGGCUACACCAAAGACGCCAUCUGAAAGUGUGAGUACUACUGGAGUAGUCACACCGCAACGACAAUUCCUUCCUCCACAGAUGAUGCAGCCAGGAACGCCGCAAAGUAUUCUAUUACAACAGCAGCAACAACAGCAACAGCAACAGCAACAAGCGGCUGCACAACAUCAAAUAAUACAGCAGAUGCAAAUGCAAAUGCAGAGAGGAAUGGCACCACAAAUGGCAAAUCAAGAAUUGUUAAUGAUGAUGAUGGGAAUGCCACACAUGGUACAAGGUGUUCCUGGAUUCCCGGGUGUUCCACAACUACCACCAAAAUGAUCGUUCAAAUCAAUUGACUGAAACCGGUGCCUGUUUAAUUAUCAAUAAUUGUUGUGCUCCAUCAUUGCUUCAUAGAGAUUACUUUAUUUGAGUAACACUGAAAAGUGUUUUGUUUGUAUUAAACUAUUACUAUCUGAUGCCUAGACUGUCUUUGAAGUUGAGAAUUAUUUAUUCUUUAUCUCAAGAUACAGACACUUCCCUUACCAUUUUCUUCUCGAACAGAGUAACAUUGUUAAAUUAUAUGAAGCCUCCUUUUCUCAUACAGUGCCCAAAUGAUUUAUCUCGUUCUCUUUGUUGCAUCCUCUCCCUCAUGUCUACAAAAAACACACACCGAACCACAAAUUUCCUCCAUCGCCGACUCAUUGCUCUCUUGAUUCAAAAAUGUUUUUUUGGUCUUUUAUUGACAAAAAUUGUUUUACCUUUUUGCUCGUUUGACUGAAUACAUCUUCAGUGCUUUUGGUUUUUUAUGUGCCUUUGUAAAACCAACCAUAAAACACACAAGGUAUUUUUUAAAAAGUACAAUAAACUUAUAAAAAUCUGAAA